AUGGGCAGCGUUGCGGUCGCACUCCCAAGCAUUUCGGGACACUUCCACACCGCCUUACCAACCACGCAGUGGGUACUGAUCGGAUAUACGCUCACUAUCAGCGCGCUGCUCCUGCCCAUGGGCCGACUGGCGGACAUUGCGGGCCGGAAGAGAAUCUACCUGAUAGGUUUCGUUAUCUUCGUAGUGGCCGCGUGCGCUGCUGGUUUCGCGCCCAAUAUGACCUCCCUGAUCGUCAUAAGAAUCGUGCAAGGCGUGGGCGCCGCUAUGACGCAAGGGACUUCGAUGGCAAUGAUCGUCGCAAGCUUCCCACCCAAAGAGAGAGGGAAAGCCCUCGGUCUUCAGAUGAGUAUGGUUGGGGCGGGAGGCGUGGUCGGGCCUGCAAUCGGGGGUCUCCUCGUGGAGGUCCUCGGAUGGCAAUGGGUGUUCUUUGGCACCGCAGUCAUGGCUUCGGUGGCGAUAAUAUCGGCCCUGGUGCUCAUCGACUCGGCACGAGUGGGGCAAACAAGAGGCGCCAGAGUUCGAUACGAUUGGAUUGGCGCAGCACUGUCUACCGGAGCCUUGAUCGUGUUCCUCAACGCGAUGACCUGGGCUCCGUCAGCAGGAUACGGUCACCCGUUAGUCAUCCUUGCGUUCGCCGGGUCGGCGGCGCUCCUGGUAGCGUUUGUGGCGCAGGAAUUGCGCAGUUCUUCCCCGAUGAUGGACAUCCGGCUGUUCAAGCGGCGCCUCUUUGCGUUUGGCGUCCUCGCAAGCUUCCUGAAUUUCCUUGGCAUGCAGUCGGUUCGAUUCCUGAUGCCGUUCUACCUCCAGGCGGUACUAGGUCUCUCUCCGGGCCAGGAGGGCAGCACCGGACUGCUGGCUGCGUUCACGUCCGGCCUGAGGGUCGCCUACACGGCGAUGGCGGUUGUCGUUCUGGUCGGCGUAGUGGCGUCGGCGUUCAAGGGGCCGAGUUACGAGCACGUUGACCCUCCUUCAGAAUCACCUGAAACUGUAGCUUCGGAUGGUCGUCCGGUCAGGCAGGCUGCCGACUAA